AUCGCGGCCAUGGGUCAAGUGUGCACACCGUUCCCGUAACGGGCUGUGCACAACAUCUCUUAUUCACCUGCUCGUCCACCCGACAUUCCGCCCCGCGCGGUCCUUCACUGGCCUGCAGGUUGUGCUCGCUGUUACCGAUCCCAUUCGCCAAACCACUCCUCGGUCCAAGCCGCAUGGCCACACUGCAGUCUGGGCAUGUGACGGCCGGCAUGGGUCCCAGCGUCAGACCACAUCCAGUCGGAUUACUGCCGGCAAAAAUGGAUGAGUUGUCCGCCUUGUCUGUCGCCGCGUCGCAUAUCAGAUCCACUUCCUUUGCUGCCGCUACCGCAGCCGCCGCCGCCUCCUCCUCUUCUGCAGCAUCAACCGCCCCUGACCUGUUGACUACCGCAUCGGUCGCAGCCCAGCUAGCUGCCGUCUUCACUCCGACAUGCAGUACCGGUUGUAACAGCAUGAAAACCAAUGCGAUCACCACAGUCUCCGCCACCACCGCCGCGGCGGUCGGUACAAGUGGGGGUAGCGCCAACGGAUUUGACUUAGCUUCGGCAAUUGCCGGAAUUUUGGGUUUACCAUUUCCUGUGAAUAUAGUCUCCAAUGCACAUGCCUCGCCUCUACCACACACUCUUGUACCCUCAAUUAUUAAUGUACCAGCCACGUCUAACCCCUCGAAUCACCCAACGCACACAUCAUUCCCCCUGCAUCAUCCUGAUGAAAGUGGGUCGAGUGGGUGUCCAGUUAACCAUGUCACGAAUCCUCUAGACCACGAUCCAUCAGGCUUGUAUGACACUGGAAAGUUGCCUGCUAUCCGUGGGUCCGAAACUAAUCCUACCUCGCUUAUUUUCUCCUUUGCACCACCACCGCUUCCACCACAACCAACACCAACAACAACGCAGACAUGCUCCGAUGUCUCUUCGGACACUGGAUCGAUCCAGUCUCCAUUCCCUGCAUUCCAACCGUUGUCCACGACGGCGUCGAACUUUACCGUCUCUUUGGCCGACUCUCUCAUGCACUACGCUAGUGGUGUGCCCAAAUUGCCUACCGACCCGAACGACUAUGACCUCAUGACGUACAGUGCGAGUUUGUCAGCUUCCGAACGUGAUCGCAAACAACGUGAAUUCAUUCCGGACUCUAAGAAAGACGACAAAUAUUGGGAGCGAAGACGCAAAAACAACGAGGCGGCGAAACGUUCGCGUGAGAAACGUCGUCAAAACGAUAUUCUGAUGGAACACCGAAUCAAUGUGCUGAUGGCUCAGAACACAAGAUUGCGUCAAGAACUGAUAGAAUUAAAGCUUCGCUUUGGUCUACCGGUGGACGAGUCCGAUCGUAGUCCGAUUUUGAUGGACGAGUCGUGUUACACGCCAGACACGCCCUCGUCUCAUUCGUUACCGGUGAAUAAUAGCACAACUAAAAACAACCACAACAUCGCCACUCCGGACGACAACGAAUCGUUUCGAUGUGAGGACAAGGUACUUGAACCGACACCACCACCGCCCGCACAACGACGACGAAGCAGUGCUGCUCAGUUUGACGAAUCCGAAGGCCAUACGCUCGUAACUCUGUCUACUGGCACUCUACGAACGGAUUCGAGCCUCCCCCACCAUUCUGGCUCGACAGAAUUGACUCAACACUCAUACACUCCCAUCGCUAAUACCGUUGAGUCAAGCACAAGGAACGGCGAUUUCCAAAUCUCCGGUGGGUUACCGCACUUGAGAGGCUUGGACGGUACAGACUUGCUCACCUUGAAGCGUAUUUUCACCACACUUACCACUAGGCGUUGGAACGAUCCCGACGAGACUACUGGAUGCGAAUUGGCCAGACCGGAUUCAGGGUUGUCACCCAAGUCCGUUUGCAGUCCAUUGGCAAAUGGUUCAUCCGGGUUGAACAACGCCUCAGCCGCCACAGUGUCCGCCGUGUCCUCCUCGGAUCCCGUCGCUGCCGCGUGGCUUUUACAACAAGCGAUGUUGCUAUCAAAUACGAACGACAGUAGCGUCACUCAUCCGCUUAAAUUGCCAGAACUUCACACCCAUGGCACCAGGACACCCGGAUCCUUGGAACGGACCAGCGCUUUGCUCAAACUCAGUGGAGUGAAUAUGCAUAUUUCGACACCGAGUCCGUUGGCUGGUACAGACUCCUCACCCGCGCUCCCGUUCGAAUCCCCAUUGGAUCUCAGUUUAUGCAUGCAAGCUGUACGUGCUGAAUCAGUGUCUAGCGCGGGGACUCUCUCCAAUUCGAACGAUUCCAGAUUGAUGGACAAGCGCUAUCAAGAUCGACGCAGGCGCAACAAUGAAGCGGUGCGACGUUGCCGGGAGAACAAGCGUGCUCGUUUGAUGGGCCGGGUGGAAGUAACAGAUAGGUUACAGACAGAGAAUCGUGUCCUCCGAACCGAACUGACUGGGCUCAGCUUGGAGGUGCAAGCGUUGCGCAAGAUGCUCGCAGGCGAAGAGCAGCCACAGCAGCAAUCCCGUCAACAGUCUCCACCUAGAUCCAAGGCGGCCCACCACUAUUCGGUCAGCUCCAUACCAAUCCUUUCUGGGCCUCAUUUGCCCACAUCCUCAGACUCCAAUGAACCGGAUCUAUUUUUGAUGAACGGUACGGGAACAUUGCCGGCUGUGGAAUCAGAUCGUGUGGGUUUGUCGAAUGGUUGCACUGGUCACUCCGAACGAGUGGAGAAAAUGGCGGAUGACUCGCCGAGGUCGCGGCCUACAUAUGAUGAAUCGGAACCAAACCUAUCGCAGGCCGAGGAUGGGAAGACGACCACGUUAUUAGAGGUGGAUACCGAAAUAUCCACUGUCCUUCCGUCACUCGAACUGGACACAGAUCUGGACACAUUGCAAUCACAGGAUGAGAGCAGCCUUCUGGAAGCGUUCACGAACGAGGGCAGGCAUAAACGUAUCAACUCGUACCACUCUCGGUUGUCCCAUUUGCAACGUGGCCGCAGACGCCUGACCAAAUCGGGAUCCAUAGGGCAUCGUCCCCACCAUGACACGGUACAAUUGAGCCGUGUAACUGGUACAGACUAGGUGGAGUACUAGAGUACAGCCAGUCAGCCGGUUCACACGUGUGAUUGAUUAUUUCAACUGACCAUUCCUGUGUAACACAGUCGUUUCCCAUUUUGUAUAUGCACCUUUUGUACACGAACUGCCUUGCCUCAAUAAGCUUACCACGUACCCCACUCCCCUCCACAGUUUGCUCACUCUGAUUUCACACACAGGUUUUUGUGGUGCCGCCUUGUCCCACGUACAACCUUGGCGUGAGAAUUGCCACGCUUGUAGCAUGGUAUUUUCUGCUUUAUCUUCUUUUGUGUUGGUGUCGUCAUCCUCCUCACUGUUGCUGUUGUUUUGUUGUUUUUCUUGUUGUGCCACCUGCUGUUAGUCAAGCAACAUCUUGUGCUUCUGCGACCACACGGGAUCGAUCAGGUGUUUCAUCACAAGGCGCCUUCUCACGAAUGUCUUCCAGCCGGUUUUCGUACAUCGCUCUCGCUGUCUUAUUGCCUCCAUCUCCUUGGUUUGUUUCCACAAAUUUGUGCCACACACACACACAUCUUUCUGCUCAUUCCAGUUGACUUGACGCUCGUUGCUGACUGUGUUUUCUUCAACGAGUCUCCGUUCACAAACUUUCCAUCCAUUCCGGGUGUGUGCGUGUGUGUACCUGCGUGGGUGUAUGCACAACCGUUUGGGCCUUCCUCCUUUGAAGCUGACUGCUUCGAAUCAUCCUCCUCCUCCGCCGCAUUAAAUUGCCUUGUGUGAAAGAGACCAGCAUUUGCAAAGCGCCAAUCAUUUUUCCAUUCGGUGAUCCUAGGAUAUUACGCAUGUUGCCUCAUAUCCGUCGGUUUUGUUUCCAUAUUUUGUUGCCCACACCUUUACUUUGGUUAAUAGUGCUCCGCUUGUUUGAGCGCGUCAACACGCACUUCGCUCAAGGUCACGCAACAUUUUCUACGCCCUUAUUCUCCCUCCAUUUAUUUCCAACACCUUGUUUUCAGCGACAACAUUCCGUUUCAGCCACGGUUGCGUUUCGUGUGCACUAUUCCGGUGAAUUUGUUAGACCUGCUGGAUAUUUUUUACAUUAAGUAAUUGGACCAUUUCAUUCCACCCCGUUUCUUGCUAUUUUUCGCCUCCUUUCUCGAAUCGACAAGCUGAAUCCUCUGCGCUGGAUAUGAACAACACAUCCACGGUUCCUUCGUGCGCUCUCAGCACCGGUGGUAAAACUAUCCGCUUGUGUCUAACUCGAUGGUGUACAACGCCUCUUUCCGGAUAAACAAGUUCGCAAGUACAACAGUGUGUUGUGCAUACAAUAGUACAGUUUUUGCUGCAUUUUGAUGUCACCGUUCAUGCCUCAAGCACUUUCUUUUUUUACGAUACGCUUUUACCCCUAUUACGUGGGCCGAAAUUUUGUUUUGAAUUGAUACUUGGACUCUUCUUGAGUUAAA